AUGAAUGUCGCGGAGAGCAAAAGCUAUCACAUGCGUAUUGACAGCAUUCGAAAAGAAUUAUCAGAUGUCGACGAACAAUUACAAGCCACGCAGGACGACAUUACAAAGGUGGUGAAUACAGCAGAAGAGUUCACCACUGAAGCCCGUGCGCUUGCUUGUCGACGCGAAGAAUUGGAGAAAGAUGAAGCCGCACUUGUGCAGUCUGAGGCUCUUGCGGUGCGAAAUAAAGUAUUGGCCGAGAAGAAGUUGAUGGAAGUGGGUGGCUACGAGUGUAUCGUGCGAAUAUUACGCAAGGCGUUGCAGAAAGCUAAGUUAGAGCUAAUGGAUACUCAAGAUGAAACCAAAGAAAUCAUUCGCGAAGAGUUGAUGCUUCGAUCGCAGAUUGAUAGCAUGACACAGAGCUUGGCCACUGCACGGCAGAGUGUCGCGCAGCUGCAGAAAGAUUGUGCCGUCGCUGCCGAAAGUAAGCGCGACACGGACGAUAAACUACGGCAGUUAUCUCAGUUUCUUAAUCAGGCACUUAAUUCUCCACCGAGCAACUUGCGUCCAUCAUCCCCAACAUUUUCUGAACCUUAA